UUUAAAUUUUUAAAUAAUACAUUUUAAACUUAAAAUAAAGCCAACAACAGCUAUGUUUGUCUUCUAGUUUUUAAAAAUAAUUUCUAACGGUAUAGAACACAUACAGACUUAACAAAUUUUAGAUUUUUAUUAUAUGUUAUGUUUAUAAAAGUAUUAUAAUCUAUAUGGAGAGACAACAGUUUUCGUUGUCUUACGGUGAUGACAAUGACGUUGGUGACUACUUAUAUAACUUCCCAGCGGAUUACUAUGAAUUGUACGAUGAUCAAUUAGAAGACGAGAAUCAGUAUUAUCAGUCAAAUGUAAAUGCAGAAAUUCAUAAUCAACCCUCGUUUUGGAGUAAUCUAACAUUUCACCAGUUGUGCACUCAAUGUGUUGUGCCUGCUGUUUGGAGUACUGGCAAUCUACUUGGAACUACACUUAUUCUAUGCAUGUUUUUUAGAUUAUUUAUUGUUAUAUGUAAUAAAAUCAAAGUAGUUCCUGAAGCAGUCUUACACACUGUAUGUGCCAUAUGUGGUAUUCUACCAUUAAUUAUAUUUCAUGAAGAUGGAGACGUGUAUCAAUUAUUACUACAAAUUGUGUUGUACCCUAUGUUCUGUUACAUUUUGUCUAUAAUAUGUAUAUUAACUUUAAAACACCAUUCCUCUAUUGUGUUCUCUAUUAUAAUCCUAUUAACAUUAUUCUAUCGUGAAUGUUUUACAAAUGAUUCAAAAUGGCAAAAAACCAAAAGUGCUCAUAUGCUAAUGUCAAUGAAAGCAAUGGCAAUAUUAUUUGAUAUUCAAUCGAAUAAAUUGCAUACAUUUCCUUCAGUUUCUCAGUAUAUAGGUUAUAUGAUGUGCGCAGGCACUGUCUAUUUGGGUCCAUUUUUGACAUUUCAGGAAUACUCAAAUGCGUUUUUGCUCUCUGUUAACUGGAACAAGACCAAAGUCUGUCGUUUAAUAUGGAAAAUAAUUAUUUCAUUGCUUUGCUUCGUUUUAUCGAUUUGUGUUGUGGAUUGGCUGUUUAGCAAACAUUUAUUGACCAACAAUAAAAGUAGUUCAAUUAUCAACAUUUUUCUAAUUAUGUACAAACAAGCUUUGGAGUUUCGUACUGGUCAUUAUUUUGUAGCCUAUGCAUCUACUGUAUUUGCAACUGUUUGUGGAUACCAUAGUGAAUACAAUAGUGAAAUAUUAGUAACCCAUCCAUUGAUUAUGGAAUGGCCACGAUCUCUUCUACAUGUAGUUGUGCAUUGGAAUGCACCAAUGCAUUAUUGGUUAAAAAAAUAUGUAUUUGAAGAAGUACUAAAAUAUGGCAAUAAAAAUAAAAAACAUAGAAACAGAUUUAUUGCUAUAGGGACCACAUAUUUAGUGAGCUCUCUAUUACAUGGAUUUGAACGACGAUUAUCAGCUGUAUUACUUUCUCUUGCUGCUUAUACAUAUGUAGAACACCAAAUUCGAACAAAACUGGCAUCAAGAUUUCCAAGCAGAUUUUCUUAUUAUGCUAAAAACAAAUAUUCUCACCAUAAUUCAAAAACUUACUUAAGUAGCUUAAACCAAAAAAAUUGGUUCUUUUGGAGUAUUAACCUUAUGUUUACUAUUUUAAACAUUAUACAUUUAGCUUAUCUUGGUUCCAUAAUUGAUAUGUCUGUAGAAAAUUCUUAUAAUACUACUUACCAAGAAUCUUUUGCUCCUUGGAGUCGAGUAUCGUAUUUUAGUCAUUUUAUAAUGUUAAUUAUGUUUUUUAUCAGUAUUCUACUUUAA